UAAAAUUUUAAAAAAUACAAAAUAUAAUUUUGGAAAACCUUAAAAGUUUUAAAAUUUUAAAAAAUAAAAAAUUCCAAAAAUUGAAAUAUUCAAUAAAAGUUGCAAUUUAAUAGAAUAUCAAAGAAAAAGUUGCAAAAAGUGAAAAAAGUGUUUAAAUUUCAAAUAAAAAUAGCCAAAAAUUCCAAAAUUAAAAAAGUCAAUGAAAAAAUUUAAAAACUGCCAGCAAAAUUAGAAAAAAAUUAGUGAAAUAAUCCAGAGAAUCUACAAGAUUCAUAGAAAAAUUAAAAGUUGCAAAUUAAAAAAAAAAUCCCAAAGUUUAGUUUCAAAAUUUGCAAAAAGUCUCCAAAAGAAUAUAAAAUUUCAAUGUAAAAGAAUCAAAACAAAAUUUCAAGAAAGAAAUAAAAAGAAAAGAAAAUCUUGAACACACAGUGUGACAAAAUAAAAGAUUCAGAAGAGAAAUCUCAAAAUUAAACAAGAAGAAAUUUUGAGAAGUCAAAAUAAUUUUUUUGUGAAAGAUUGAAAAAAUAAUCAGCGACGACGAAGACUAAAACGUCAGUGACUGGUACCAAACCUGUAAAUAGCAGCUUCCAUGGGCCGUAUAAAACGAAUGCCACAAAGAUGUCUAAUACGAAUCCGAAUUACGGGCAUAGUAAAAUUUUAAGUAACUUAAUUCAUGCUAUGAAUCAUUCGUCAUCAUCCAACGCAAUGACAUCAUCUAGUGCUGGCAAUGGUGCAUCAAUGGUCGCUUGCUCAUCGAGCUCAUGCGAUCGUCAGUCACCGCUCUUGCAAGGCUAUUUAUAUAAAAUACAUAAACGUAAUGGAAAGACGCAAAAAUAUUUUGUUAUUUUUGACGAUGUCCCUGAUAAGCCAGGCACAGGUCGACUCGAGUAUUUUGAUAGCGAAAAGAAGUUUAAGUCAGCCAUGGCGAAAAGUAAAACAGGCGGCAUAACAAAUGAAAAGAGAAGCAUAAUUUUAUGUACAUGCUUCAACAUAAAUCGUCGUUUUGAUACAAAAUACAGAAAUGUCAUUGGACUUUAUCGUAAAGAUGAUACAUUCAGUAUAAUGGCAAAGGACGAGUCAGAAUGUAAUUCAUGGCUUAAACAGAUGCUGAUAUUACAGCGCGGUAAAGAGUCCGUCGAUGCCGAUCAACCACGACCUACAUUCGAACAUGUCUGGGAGGUUGACAUUAUCAGACGAGGAUUGGGCGACAGUUAUGGAAUUGUUGGACCGUAUCGUGUAUGCAUUACCGACACCACAUUAUCACUUGUCAGAAUUGGACCCCCAACGACAAGUGUCGGCACAAAUCGUCCCGAUAAAGUUGAUUUUGCAUUAGCACAUAUGAGACGAUGCGGUUCAACGCAAAGUGUUUUCUACUUGGAAGUAGGUAGAUUUACAUCAACCGGGGCUGGUGAGAUUUGGAUGGAAACAUACGAUCCAAUGAUUGCUGAAAAUAUGAACACAAUAAUCCUCAAUACGGCACAAAAGAAGGCAAAUUCACACAGAACUGAAGAGAAUUUGGGUCCGAUGAUGAGAAUAAGAUCACAAUCAGCGAAUGAGACAUCAAAGCCUUUGAAUCAUCGACGCUCAACGUUGACUGGAAAACCAAAUUUUUCUCCUUCCGAAUUGCCAGAUUCGACAGAAUCAUCAGCCACAUCCACCGGUACAAUAAUAUUGAAUCAAAAUGCACUCAAGCCAAAAAAUAAUCAGACACAUUCUGUGAGUCAAAUGUCAUUACAAUCAACAGGCAUUGCAACUUCAGCUGCCUCACUCAAUAAAUGCCAUAACACGUCAAAUGUCGUUGUCGAUAAGACGAACAACAAAUGUAAUGUAAUUCAAUGUUCAUAUCCAACAUCGUGUAAUAAGGAGCAACAACAACCAUCAUCACAACCUUCCACAUCAAAUUCAAGUAUAUCCAUAUCGACCAUCACCGCCAAUAAUGUUAUGUCAACAUCAUCGCCGUCCUCAUCAAUGAUUUAUCAUCAAAGAGCAUUAUCAUUACCGCAAAAUUCGAAUUCAAUUCUCGCUGUAAAUGCAAAUCAAACAGCACAAACGUCAUCAAAUAAUAGUAAUAGCUUUAAUAUAAGUAAUAAUAAGGGCAACAAUAACAGUAAUAAUAAUAACAAUAAUAAAGGAUUUGCCAUUCAACCUGUGCAUCAUCGUACGAGAUCGUUACCAUUAACAGAAGAGACUGCCAUUGAUUUUACCUCACAAUCACCACCAAAUUUUACAAAAUAUUCAUCAUUACACAGUACAACGAUAACAGUAACAUCACCGACACCAACAACAUCAUCAUCAUUGUCGUCUUCAUACACCUCAAGUGGCGUUAUUAUUGAAUCAAAACAGAACAACAAUUCAAUGGAGAGCAUCAUUGAAGAUUAUCAAAAUAUGGAUGUUGUGAAUAAUAAUAGCUAUCGAUCUAAUAAUGGUGGCAGUAGUAUUUUGAAGCAGCUGUCAAAAAUUGCCAAUUCAAAUUUCUCAUCGCACAAUAGCAAUGCUUCUUCAUCGCCAUCACAACUUCGUAAAAAGCGCCAACAUCAUAAUGUCAUGACGGCGUCAUUGAGGAGCUCAUCAGCAUCGACACGUGAGAGAUGUGAUAGUUUUCCAUUAACACGAAUCCGAACAACGAGUGACACGACGCCAACGCAUUCACAGACACCUCAACAGAAUGGAAAUUAUGCGAAUAAUAACAAUAAUACCAUAAAUAAUAAUAUAAGUAUGCCACCUCCAAGAAGACCCGUUUCUAUGUCGUAUGCAUCGCAGCGUUAUGGUAACAGUCCACCAAACAAUUCAUCACCAAUCAGCCCACCUUCAUGUUCCGAAAGUGAUGCCUCAUCGGCGAGCAUUGACGAGACUGAUGGAUUCAUACACUCAAUGACACUUGAGGAGCAUGGAAAUUUGCGAGAUUACCAAAAGAAGGAGAGUCCAAUCCCGCCACAUGAAGCUUAUGUCGACAUGCAUCCAUAUAGUCCAUAUAGCUGCAGUCCCGGUGAUCCUCCACAUAAUGCAUACAUGCCAAUGUCACCUGGUGACUACCGAACGGGAAUGUAUGUCAACUCCGGUGCACAUAGUCGUGCUUCAAGUCUUGCAGAAGACAAUGAGGGCUACGUACCAAUGCAUCCAGCCACGAAUCACGAUAGUUACCUUCAAAUGUCACAACCCGAAGAUUACAUGAACAUGCAACCAGCCAAUAAUCAAAUGUCAAUUCAUGGUGGUGAAUUGAGUUCAGCGACAUCAAGUUGCAGUAUUACAUCCGGCACACCAUCAACAGAUAUUCGAUUCUCUGAAUAUCAUUUAGAUAAGGUGCAGGCUCGAUUUACACCGAGUGAGGAUGAUGAAUUAUUGGACAGACCGCCAAGGACGUAUUCAGUCGGUAGUAAGCUUGAGCAUACAAAGAGAAAGCUUCAUAUUGAUCGUGUUGCUGCCGAACAUUCAAAUCUAAGACAUCGAGCUUAUUCAGUCGGUUCUCGUAAUAUAAAAGUAUCGAGAGCUGAAUUGACAAGUCAUAGCGGUAGUCAUACACCAUCAUCACAUAAUUCACCUGUUGCCAUGAAUCAUCACGAGAUCAAUAAUAAUACGAGUGGUAAUAAUAAUAAUAAUAAUGCAAAGAAUAAGAAAUCAUCGAGUGCACCGUUAUUAGCGAAUGUAUUGGGAAAGACUGGUCAUGGAUCAUUCGAACAAAUGGAUGAUUUAAUGGAAAUAGAUUUUAGUAGUCAAAGUAGUGGAUCGAGCCUAACUCGUGUGAAUACGAGUAGUACACCAAUAAAAAGUUCACCUGUAAAUAUUCCAAGUAAGCCAAAUGAUAAUUAUAUGAAUAUGUCGGGACGUCAAUCGAACAAAUCGAGUUGUUCAGCCGGUAUAAGUCCAUAUGUCGAUAUGAAGCCAACAGCAAGUCGACGUGUAAGUGAGAAUAAUGACUAUAUGGAUAUGAAUCCAGCAUCAUCAACAACACUGCGAACAUCAAAUACCUCAACAAGUCUAUCAAGUUCACCGCUUAAAGCUUUAACAACGCCAACAGCGAGUGCUCCACGUUCUGUACCAGCAACGAGCAAUACAACUGGUAGCACCAACAAUAAUAACAGCAACAAUAAUAAUAGUAAUUACAUGGACAUGUCACCACGUUCUUAUGAUAUAAGCUCAAGAAAUAAUCAUCGAAAUACCCGCAUGACAUCAUCUGUUACAUCAUUAUCAUCACAGAAAUUAUCAUCCGAUGAUUAUUUGAAUAUGAGUCCAGUCAAUAAGAGUCUACCCGAUGUUGAUCUUCCAAAGCGUUCGAGUGUACCUGACGGAUACAUGGAAAUGUCAUGGACGAAAACAAAUAAGAAGAAUCAAGCAGCAGCAACACGUAAUAAUGCCAAUGAUAAUCCAUCGUCAUCAUCCGAUGAGUACAUCAACAUGGAUUAUAGUAACAAUAAUGAUGGUGCUGGUACAAGUGACUCAAGCUCAUCAGCAAAAGACCGUUCAAUAUCCCUGCCAAUUACGAUAAAUAAACGAUACAGUAACAGCUCUAGAUCUCAAAAAUCAUCAAAAUCUGGUAGUAUUGAAAAUGGUCCACCUGCUUUCCUUCCUCUAACUGGCACUAAUCAAAUUACAGCCAGUGUAAGUCCAACAAGAUCAACAAAUAUCAGUCGAACACGAUGUGAUAGUCGUGAUAGUGGAAUUGUUGGUACACCAUCUGGUUCACAAGCUACAAUAUUUCCAUUUUCACCAGGCAGUCCAAUGAAGCAGUUCGAUCCAAUCGAUGACUCAAAUUUGCCAAGAAAAUGUCUCGUUGAUGGAUCAACAGGAACAAUAAAGCUGAGUGAAGACGACAUAAUAGAGGAGGAACCAAGAACGCCUGUGCCAAUGGGCAUGACAAGUAAUAACAGUGAGAAGCAACUCGACACACUGAGCAAUGAUUAUGCAGUAAUGAAUCUCGGUGAGCCGGUUUCAAAGAAGCCAAAUUUAGCUGCAACGCCCGUCCAAAUAAAAUCAUCAUCAUCGUUAAGUGCCAAUGCAACAAGUCAUUUUUUAGCAAGUCCGGAUUCAGAAAAUCACGAUUACAUAAAUUGUAUGCCCAGCGCGCAUAUCAACUCAUCACAAAAAAUUGUAACACCCACACCAAUUAUACCUCAACAUAACAAUAACAAUAAUAAUUCCGUUGAGGCUGGUGAUUAUGCUCUCAUGAAUCCGGUUAAAGCAGCAUCAUCACCAAUUGCAAAGCAAGCGCAGCAACAAUGUGAUAGUGACAUACCACCAGUGACAUCAUCGAAAAAAUCAUUACUUUUAACAAUAUCGAGCCAUGAGAAAUUGAAUACCAGUAAUUCGUGCUUUAAACCAAUCGUUGAAGACUCUGAUUCGAAUUCAAUGAGAAAUCAUCCUUUGUUACAGCGUCAUGUUUCGGAGAAGGGUCAUCGAUCGUCAAAUGAUACUGGCUAUGAAAUAUUAUCGCGACCUAGCUUGUCUCGUCCAAAUUCUGUAAAUAGUGAAAAAAUAAAGUGCUCCACUAGUGGCUUCUUAUCAAAUCGACCUAAUUCAGCAAAUAGCGAACGAUUGGCGCUUAGUUCUACCUCAUCAUCCACCUCAACCCUAUGCGAAAUUCAAAGUCAAUGUUCAUCAAGUUCAACAUUAAAAAAUAUUAUGAUGGACACAACAUCCGGAGUACCUUCACCAAUGAGCAUAAUAUCGCGACCUGAAUCAGUAUCAUCCGAUGUGCACAUGACAUCGAGACCUCCAUCUGUCACCUCGGAACGUGAGCUUCAUUAUGCAAGUUUAGAUUUGCCGCCAUGCAGUAAUACAAAUCUUAUACAUUUAGCUCAACAACAGAAAAUGGAUGUUGAUGAAACGAGCGGAACAAAGAUGGACUUCACAACAAGUUCUAGUCCGCAAACAUCAUCAUCAUCCUCGUCGUCAGCCUCAUCGCAACAAUCUCAGCCAGCUUUCACUUAUGCUCAAAUUGACUUUGUCAAGUCAGAAAGUCUGAAAGCUCAACAGCAACAAACUAAUAAUAAUAGUAAUAAUAAUAACCAGUCAGGUAGUAAAAAGUAAAAGAAAAUUUACAACAACAAAAAAAAAUUUAAAUAAAAUAAAACUAAAUGAAACUGAAAUAAAAUGAAAUUUUAUCUAUGAAACCAAACUGCCGCCUAAAAUACAUGAAGAAAUUCACAAAAAUUUGUGAGAAAAAAAAAUGUGUAGAGUAAGUAAAUUAAUUUAUCUAAAAGAUGGAAAAAUGAUGAGGGGUUGGGGGUCUGGGGAUGGAAAAAUAUUAGAUUGAAAGUGAAAUUUUUACACAAAAUUUGAAGAAUUUUAUAAAUUCCUAAAUCUCUAAAUUUAGGAGAAUUUUUUUAAAUGUUUGGCAAAAAUAAAAUUUUUUAUAUGGACGAUUUGAUAAAUUUAAUGGAAAAAAUUCAGCAAGUUUUGUGGAGAAAUUUUAAAUUUUUGAAGGAAAGUUGAAAUUUAAAAGUUUCUAAUGGAAAAAUAAAACUUGAAAGUUUAAUGCAAAAACGAAAUUUAAAAGUUUAACGGAAAAAUAAAAUUUGAAUAUUUUGGAAAUUGAAAAAAUAAUUGAAAAUUCAAUUAAUUUGACAAGAAUUUUAUAGAAAAUUUACAAACCAAAAAAAAAAUGAAAAAAUAAAAAUAAAUCAAAAUGUGUCAAAUUUUCUAAAAUUCUUGUUGAAAAAUUGAUGAAAAAAAUUAAAAUUUGAUAUAAAAAAAUUCAAUAAAGCAUUUUAAUCAAUUUUUCCACUCGAACCCCGACCCUAGGAGCAAAAAAAAUAUGAAAAAAUAAUGUUUUUAGUUAAAUUAAGGAAGUUUUUUAAAAACAGAAGUUACAAUUUAAGAACGAAGAAGAAAACACUAAAAUAAUUGUCAUUAAGUAAAUGAAAUUUUUGAACCAUAAAAUGGAUAUAAAAAAAUGAAAUGUCACAAUGCAAUUACUAAGGAUUUUAUAAUAUGAAUAAGUACCAUAACUUAGCUGAAACUUAUUACCUAUUUUAUACGAAAAAAAAGAUGAAUUAAAUUAAGGAUGAAUAUGGAUUAAAUUAAUGUAGUAAAUUAAGGACUAGAUUAAAUUAUUAGUGGAAAAAGGAAAGAUAGAAAAUAAGCUUAAAGAUGAUAAAAUCAAGUCGUUUAGUUUAAGAACAGAGAAAUUUAAGCAGAAAUAGAAUCGACCGGAUUGCGAACGAAAUUGUUUAAAUUUGGGACUCUUAGAGUAAAUUGAAGGAAAUAAAAAAAACCAACCUUAGAUGAUAAUUUGAAUUAUAAUCAUAGGCUAAAUUGAUUCUUGUUUGUAAAACUUGAAACCAAUACGUUUAUUCAUGGUAUACUAAUUCAUUUAUGAAUACAUGAUAACAUAGUGCAUAAGGAUGAUGUUAAAUUAAGAAACAGAAAAUUUAAAAAAAAUCACAAUUUGAGGUUUUUUUUUUGAAAAAUUGAAAUUUUCAAUAAAAAUUUAAAUAAUUUAAAAAUUGAAUGCCAA